CAAACAGGCCAUCAGUCGUUACCAACAAGUCAACAACACCAUCUAAACCUGCCAACAUGAUCGCAUUCAGAGCAGCAACCAUCCUUAUAAUCGCCGCAGUCGCGAGCGCGCGGCCCUCAGACGAAUGGGAGCCAGAGGGUCACUCGCACACGGAGCACACGAAGCCGUACCAUGUAACAGUGGUGAAGAAGAUAGGAGUACCGAUCCCUCAUCCCGUGGCAGUGUCCGUACCGCAGUACGUCAAGAUCCCCAUCCCUCAACCCUACCCCGUGCACGUGACUGUCGAGCAACCGAUACAUGUCCCCGUAUACAAGGUAGUGCCCCAGGUGGUAGAGAAGCCGGUGCCGUACACCGUGGAGAAGCCCGUGCCUUACGAGGUGGAGAAGCCCUACCCCGUUGAGGUGGAGAAGAAAGUGGAGGUGCCCAUUCCCAAGCCGUACCCGGUGCACGUGCCCGUCUACAAGCACAUCUACCACCACAAGGGCGGCAAGCACUAGGCGACCAUAGCUUACCCUGUAGGCCCCCGCCCAGCGGCGUCCAGCGCCAUCUUGUAUAUAAAAUGUGUAAUAUAAUUCGUUUGGAAAUGUUUCCAUCGACCUGUCUGCUAUUGUGAUAUUUAUUGUGUGUUAUACCAAUAUGUUUUGUUGUUUGUUGCUUGUUGUUUGUUGCAUUGUUGUUGACUAAUGUGUAAUUGUUAUUAUUUUUAAGCCAAUACAGUAUUUUAAGAAUUA